AUGGCUGACUCAUAUUUCAACAGUAUAAUCAACGAAUCAACCUUCCAGGCAUACUUUCAACACGAUAAUGGGAAACUUUUUUCUGAUCUUGAACUGGUCGCCGCGAGCGAAUGGGGGAGAGAUCAUCUAUUUGCAUGUCGUGUGAUCCGACGACAGACGCAGCGCCCUAUUCUUCCGAUCUUGUCAGACUAUACACAGCCUUCGGAUUUGAAGUCUUCAGCGGAAAUUAUCAACUUCGUGAACGGGCCACCCGGCCCGAUGUAUAUGGCUCAAAGUGAGCAUCGACUUGUACGAAGCUCUGGCCAUGGGAUGUCUCUUGGACAGAUCUGGGCGGCGUUGGCAAUGUUUAAAGGUGGACAGGAGCGUCGCGGAAAAGAACUAAAAGCCGGCUCUGAUGAUGAAGUGGAUGAAAGGGAAGAAAGAGCAAAGCGGCCCCGGCGAAGCACUCUUCAAGAAAGCUUCAUGGAUUCCCGCACGAUUCAAGUUGGCUCAAGCAGUCCCCAGGAUACAAGUUCUCCGGGGAUAUCUUCUAUCGGCUAUGUCGACCCCGAGUCACAUAGGCUCUUGGCCUCGCCGGAAGAUGAAACGUUACGUCUGGCAUCGUGCGUCAUUCGACAUAUCCUGUACUUUGGUGCCCCUCAGGACUCGGUGGACUUGCCGACCGUUGUCGAAUUCCGAGAUGCUAAAGUGAGACUUGCCGGAUACACCCCUAUACUUAAUCGAAAGCUAGUAGCCAUCGACGACGGAGGCCUUUGUUUACGGAAGCAAUCAAACGGCCGUUUUGCACUUUUCAAAAAUCAUCUGGCGAUCCUUGAGGGUAAAAGACAUUUUCAGUGCCUGAAGAAUGGGCAGCCGAUCAUUUCGGAUGGCUGUCUUGCCCAGAUGACUUGCGAAGCUCUGGUUGCCAGCAUUGCCGAUCCAUUCGAUGAAUUGCGGCCAAAUGGGUACUAG